GGAAAAAUGGGACACUACUGAUAAUGAAUUUAUGGCAGAGGUCAUGCAUGCGAUUCAACAUCAUUACGGUGAAACGGCGAUACGCUGCAAAUUCCAAGAAUACGUUCAGAGAUUUGUACGACUGACUGCACUCUAUGAGAUUGAAACUUUUGGUUCAACGAAAGUUGGAAUGAUGCCCGGAAAUACCGAUCAUGCGGGGGUCCUUGGUACGGGAUUAGCUUUUCAAGACGAAAAUUCAAAGUUAAGAGAAGUGGCAGCCAAUGUUAAUAGGAUUGAGGGAUGGAGGCAGACAAUUUCGUACAAAUAUUAUCAACUGGAUUUUCAAAAUUACUUGAAGACAAGAAGCAUAAAAGCAAUAGACGUAUAUCACCAGGUGGCAAAACUAAAAUUCUUAAAAAACAUGCCAGAAGAAGAAGUGGAAACUUUGUAUAAAGCGUUCGUUACAAACAUUGUUACCGACGAGCAGAUCAUUGAGUUUUUGUCAUAUUUACCACAAAAUCAAGGAGGUAUAUUUCCAAUCGGUCUUGGUCUCUUCUAUCCCCUGAAAUCCGUUAGGAAUUAUACCAUAGAAUUAUUUAACCGGAUCAAGGAACAUACAACCGGAAACAAAUUCAUCCAAAGCCUAAACUAUUUCCAGAAAUUAGCCUACGAACGACAACUUUCUCAACAGUUCGAGAAAAGACAAAAACUAGAGUCAGCCAAUAAAUUGACUCAACAACAACCGGAAAUAUCGCCUGACUUUAUUGAUUAUGAGGAAAUG